AUGGCGGGACAAAGCAACCGAGCCGAGCUCCAGAAGGGCCUCUAUGAAGUCGGCAUGCCCAUCCGUCGCUCCGUCCUCAGCGACGCCUACGUCGACAACGCCUUGAAGAAUGGCAGCACCGAGUUCGCCAAGGCCAUGCAAGAGUUCACCACAGCCUUUUGCUGGGGAGCAGUGUGGGAUCGUCCCGGCCUGGACCGGAAGCAGCGGUCGCUCAUCAACCUCUCCAUGCUGGCAGCCACCGGCAAGGUCCACGAGCUUGCCGUCCACACCCGGGGUGCUGUGAACAACGGCGUGUCGUCAACUGAGAUUCGGGAGGUGCUCGUGCAGGUCUGCAUUUACAUGGGUGUUCCGGCCGGGAUGGAAGCUUUCAAGGCGGCCGAGAAGGUUCUGAUUACGAUGGAGAGUGAGGGUACGACUAUCAAGCCAUGA